AUGAGAUCUGGAUCAUCACUGAAUCAACUUUAUCAUCCGCAUACUGUUUAUUUUGACAGUGUUGGAAACUUGUAUGUUGGUGAUGAAUGGAACUUUCGGGUUCAAAUAUUUCGUUCAAAAAUGAGUACAUGUGGUUGUUAUCCUCCCAUUAUCAAAAUAAUCCUAUCUGGAACUGUACUAAGAGUCCGACGUAAUCAAUAUUUUUACAUAAGUUCCAAAAUUGAACUUCGAUGUAAUCAGUCUGAUUCAUUCUCAGCGCAAUGGUCAAUUUUGAAUUGUCCAUCACCAUGUUUCGAUGAAAGAAUUGAUAUGUACAAGAAUAAUCUCUACAUUCCAUCCCAAACUCUCCCGUAUGGGAUCUAUCAAUUCGAAUUAAUAGUGAAGAUGACAAAUUUUGACGCAAUAAAAUCGUCAGUAUUCGUUGACGUCGAAAUUAUCGCCUCCAGUAUCAUAGUUCAUCUAGUUUCGUAUGAUACACUAAUCAUUAAACAUCACUAUGAAGAAGAUCUCGUCCUGAAUCCCGGCAAUUAUUCUUACGACCAGAAUUCAAUUCAUUUCAAUCAACACGAUUGGCAUUAUGAAUAUUAUUGUCGAAUUUAUUCAACAAACUCUCAACAAUUCUCUACCUUUGAAAACUCAAACGAAACUUGUUUACUAGGUGGAUGGACUUAUAAUAAUGUAAACCGUACAGCUAUAACAAUCUUUAGUAAAGCAUUCCAAUUAAACCAAACAUACCAGUUUAUGGUUCAGAUGACCCACCGAAAAAACUCUUCUCUCCAAUCUUUUGAUUAUCUGAUCGUGCAAGUUGAGAAUCUUCAAUCACCCAUUAUUAUCAUCAAAUGUCUCAUCAUAACAAUGUGUUCAUCAAAAGAUGAAUUUCGCUACGUCAAUCGUCAUACGCAAAUAUCACUUUGUUCAUUCUGUACGAAUAAUUGUUCACAAACAGUGAAAAUUAGCUGGAAUAUCUACCAAGGAAUAUUGACUUCACCAAACGCAACUAUUCAAUGGAAUUCUGUUAUUCUAUUGCCGACAUCAUCAUUUUUCGGAUUAGAUACGAAGGAUCUACUUAUAAUGAGCGAUAUUCUCACUAGUCAAUAUUGGCGUUUUGAAGUUCUCUAUCAAUUUGAAUCCGAAACAAUUCGAAGUACGUGCGAUGUUGAGCUGAACGAUGGACCACGAAAUGGCUUUUGUCUGAUUGAUCCACCGAAUGGAACAAUCUUAACCUUAUUCACAAUAAAUUGCUCGAAUUGGUUCGAUUCAGAUGGAAUUAAAGAUUUCCUCAUUUACGGUCUGAUUGUUAACCUUCAAAAACGAAUACUACUUACAACUUCAUCCAAUCCAAUAAUUCUCCUUCGACUACCUGCGAACGUUCAUUUAAUUGUUCAAAUUCGAGACACAUUCGAUUGUACUACUGAAUAUGAUCUACCAUCAAUCACAAUCGAUUCGAAUUCUGCAAUGAUCGAUACUUUGCUGAUGCAAGAACACUCAAAUGACGAUCGAUAUAUGAUCCCGAUGACAUUGUCAAAGAAUUUAUUGACGAAUAACUUCGAUUUGAACACUGUAAAUCGAUAUGCAACUAUUCGCGAACAAUUCAUGAUGACUAUCAACAAUUUACCUUUAACCACACUGAAUGAAAUCAAAUUUCAAUCAUCAAUACUUUCAAUCCUCACUGAAACAACAAACCAACUAACACGAAGAACAUUGAUCAUCGCACUGAAUAAAUGUUCCCAAUUAUCCUCCUUUCACAAAGUCAAUGUGAAUAAAUUCUUAUAUGAAGAUACGCGUUUCAUCGCAACAAAUAUUCUCGAAUGUGUCACUAACAUUCACGCGAGCAUCAAUGGACCGUUACAACAACGUAUGCAAGUUCUUCAAUCCGAUCUACGAGAAAUCGAUGAUAUUACUCUUACAGAAGAACAUAAUCUUCAUCAUCGAAAUUUUGAAUAUCAAAAACAAAUAGCCAAUGAAAUGGCACAUAAAAUCAAUGAAAUUCUCUCGCUAAUUACAUUAGUCUUAGACACUCAUUUGCAUUUGGCUCAAAAUUUUACCAUCAAUACAUCAACAAUUUCAUUUCUGUUGGCAAAAAUCUCAUCCUCAUCUGUUUCCGAUAACUAUCAAAUUGAUUAUUCAUCGAAUUCAACUUUGAUAAUUCGUACGAUGAUGCAACCAUUAGCGUCAUAUGGAAAUUCUGUACAAUCGUAUACGAAUUCGUCGCAACUACUGUCGUUUUCUAUUCUCGACGAAAAUCAAAAUGAUAUUCGAAUAAGUCGAAUGGAAUUCUUCAUUCCUCGAGAUCCGAACAAGUUAAUUCCACCAAUGUUUUUCCAAAACGUAACAAGAAUGAACGAGAACAAACUAUUAUUUCAUUUCUAUUCGUUUGAAUUAACAAAAUCAAAUGAAAAUCAAACAUUUUCCAUUCAUUUCGAAAUUCAUCCCUUGAAUUCCAACAUCUCCUAUCUAUUGAUUUAUCAAUUCGAUCACAAACCUCGAAUACAUUCAAUUCAAAACUGGACAUACCUAUGUCCUUCCAAUUCAACAGCCGAUCAGACAUAUCUUCACUUUAUCGACAAUUCUCAAACAUCCAACCAUCAUUCAAUCAUUUACGGAAUUCGUGAAUUAACAUUCGAAGAAAUGAACAUCUAUUGUUCAGAUAAGAAAUUCUAUCAAAAUCUCGAUCAGCCAAGAAGAUUUUCAUCGGAUUAUGAAAUUCGACUUUAUCAAUCGAGUUGUUUGUAUCUUGAUUCGAAUAAUAUUUGGAAAUCGAACGGUUUACUAGUUGGGUCUUCAACUACUCAUAAUCAAACACAAUGCUUUUUAAUACAUUUAACAUGA